AUGGCUCUCCUUCCCUCCUGGGCCUGGGUACUGGCUAGCUGCCUUUCUGCUGCAGCAGGAGCUUCUGAUCUCUCUGGCCUGUAUCCUCCGCUCUGGGAGGAGAGUCCCGGGCAGUUCAGUGACUACAUUGUCGAGAAUGGGAAGUACAUUAUUGACCCCUGGAUAUUCACUGAGAGAAUGGGGGCAUAUAGAAUCCUACUGAACCAGACAGCCCCAUAUUUUGAAAAGUAUGCUCCAGAAAAUGAACUAAAUAUCUUGUGGGGUUUACCUCUACAGCAUGGCUGGCAAUACAGGUCAGGAAGAUUAGCUGAUCCAACCACAGGGACAGGGUGUGGUCAUGAAAAUGGAGACAACCUAUGCAUUUCUGUGGACAGUUGGUGGGCUGAUAUAAAUUAUUUUCUGAGUGUAUUACCUUUCCUUGCUGCAAUUGAUUCUGGAAUAAUGGGGAUCUCAUCAGAGCAAGUCACGCUUUUGCCACCAUCCAAGGAUGACAUGAGGUUUUGUUAUAAUGUUUCUGGCUGCUUUUCAAAAUUUCCUGAUAUAAUGCAGAAAUGGACCACCUUCUUUCAGUACAUACAGUUACCAUCCAGCACCUUUUAUGAAUCCCUGGAGUACUUAUGGGAGGCACAUUCUUCAUCCCUGAAAAACUCUUACAAAAAUUUUGAAGAUAGAUAUGCCUAUUAUUCGAAACAAGAAGCGGAUUUUGAGAGACAUUUGAUUGUUGCUGUGGAGGGUAUAGCUGCAGUCCGCCUGCCCCCAACCUUGAUUAUCAUACAUAACGCACAGAAGCACCUUCCACCGCGAGUCCUUGUGGCUACUGACAUACCUCCUCUCAUCGCUGAUUUUACUUUGCCUCAGAACUUAGUUCUGGUGAUUCUCAAUUUUAUUAUUGGUUGGGUGGAAACUCUUCAGGUCUACACAGGUUAA